AUGGCGGAAAGUGAGAGGUUGAGCCCCUUUGUAUAUUGGGGUCAGAAAACAGACCAUGUCUCGUUGAAAAUUGAUCUGAAGGAUGUUGUUGAUCCCAAAGUCGAUUUGACUGAAGAUGGGUUAAAGUUUGAAGCUGAUGGGAUUGGUGUCAGGGGCAACAACUUUUAUCAGCUGGAUAUAGAAUUUUACCAUCCUGUGGAUCCAGACAAAAGUAGAUACAGAGUGUUGAAUAGGUGCAUUGAUUUUUACAUCCAAAAGAAGGGGAGUGGAGAAGUGUGGCCACGUCUUACAUACCAAAAACUCAAGUACCCCUGGCUUAAAAUUGAUUUUGACAAAGUUGCCUAUGAAGAUGAGUCAGAGUCAGAGGAGGAAGACAAGGCAAAAAAUAUGUCUGAGGAAGAUAUUUUAAAACAGAUUGAGAAAGAACUGGAUUUAGAUGCCGCUAAAAGCCCAGAUGUACCUGAUCUGAAGACAGCAUACCUGUUUUUCUACAAUCUUUUCCAGUUUGUUGGUUUCACCUUCAUAAGUAGUGUUCUUAUUGUAAAUUUCUGCAGAGAUAAACAAAUGGCAAUGACAUCAAGCUUCAGUCUGGUUGGAAAUCCUCUGAUGGUUUGUCAGACAGCAGCCAUCAUGGAAAUACUUCAUCCUAUGUUAGGGCUGGUCAAAUCAAGUGCAGUAGCCCCUUUAAUGCAGGUCCUAGGGAGAAAUUUUAUACUAUUUGUUAUAAUUCUUCAUGAAGAGAACAUACAAACUGCACCAAUAGUGUUUUUCUUGCUCCUGACGUGGAGUUUGAUAGAGGUUGUUAGAUAUCCAUUUUACAUGUUAGCAGUUCUAAAUCAAAAAGUUUACAUAGUCACCUGGUUGAGGUAUACAAUGUGGAUGCCACUUUAUCCUCUUGGUAUAUUUCUAGAAGGUGCUGUAGUGAUUUUAUCCAUUCCAUUAUAUGAACUAUCAGAGAGGUUCUGUCUGUUUCUACCUAACAGUGUCAACAUGGCAUUUUAUUUCCCAUGGUUUCUGUACGCAUAUCCACCAGUUCUUCUAUUAGCUGGAUAUUACAUGCUCAAGUACAUGCACAGCCAAAGAAAGAAAGUGUUAGGUGCCACAUCAACUUCAAAAUCCAAAAAGACAUCAUGAAUCAAUGUCCCCUGAACAGCAAUCACUCUGUCUCAUUUCUUAAGCUUUAAUUUUUUAAAAUUCUGUUUGGUUCCAUGAAGAUUGGUUAUAAUAAUUAACAUAAAUAGGAAAUCCGAAUAAUAUGAGUACUGUAGGUCACUUAAUUUUUGCGACACCUUAUUUUUCGCGAGAUAGUCAUUGACUCUUACCGAGACAAAAUUUUCACGAAUUGUGGUCAUUGCUCUAUAUAUUUUUUGGAAUUCUAUUAUACGCAAGAAUGAAAUUUUUGCGAGCAUACCAUCUAGCGUAAUUACGCGAAAAUAAAGUUCUCACAAAUAAAAAGUGAUUUAUAGUAUUUUUAUUCCUCUUUUAAUACUGAUGAAUUUUACAAUAUUUUCUAUUACACACAGUAUGUAAGUCAUGAGCUGUUUCAUUUACUGAAGUAUUACAAGUUUAGAGUAAAUGUUGUGAUGUUUGUGCAUUGUCUUAUAAAAUAAGCAAUUGGUAUGCUGGAUAUAAGUUUUUUUUAAUUUUGUAUUUGUAAAUUAGUAAGAAUAAAAAAAAAAUCUGGUCAUUACAUGA